GUCCAUAGUUGAUCAUUCUGUUAUGAUGGUUCACAUGCAGGGGUUGGUCAACGCCGUGAAGAAGCUGUUUCCCUAUUCUGAGCAUAGGUUCUGCUGGAGGCAUCUAUGGUCAAAUUAUAGGUCCACAUUUCACCAUCAACACUUGAAGCCUCUGAUAUGGAACAUUGGGAUAGCUUCUUACAAAUCCAAAUUUGUUGCGGCAAUGAAGGUUUUGGAAGACAGCCAUGCAGAGGCAUACGCGUGGAUUAGUGCUAGACCAAGAGAGCAUUGGUCUAGGUACUAUUUUGGUACAGAAGUGAAGUGUGACAUUCUCCUCAACAAUCUGGCCGAGGCGUUCAACAAGUACAUCCUGGCUGCCAGAGUGAAACCAAUUUUGACCAUGUUCGAAAUGAUCAGAACCCAGCUCAUGAAGCGGAUAUAUGACAAGCAACUUUUGGGGAGUAAAUUUCAGACUGAUGUGUGCCCUAAAAUUUUAAAGAAGCUUGACAAGAUCAUCGAUGAGGGAUGGAAGUACACCGCAACCCCUACCGGCGGCCCACAAGUUCAAGUUAGUGGUCCCGGGGGGCAGUUUGUGGUGAAUUUGCCUGAAAGAACUUGCACCUGUAGAAGAUGGGACCUGACUGGGAUUCCAUGCGUCCAUGCCUGUGCUGCUAUUCAUGAGAACAAUGAACACCCACGGCGGUACAUUGAUGACUGUUAUAGCAAAGCGGUGUACGAGCGAGUUUAUAGCUUUGUUAUCAAUCCCAUGAAUGGGGCUGAUAUGUGGGAAACAGACCCAAACCCCUUCAAUAUCAUACUCCCACCCUCACCAGUGCAACAAAAGAAGAGAGGGAGAAAGGCAACGGUAAGGCGACUGGAGGCUGAGGAGCUUGAAAAGCAGGCUGCCGAGAAAGCAAGCGACGCACAAGCGACGAGGGCCAAGUUAUCACGAAAGGGGCGUCUGCGAAUUAAGUGUAGCGAAUGUGGACAGUUUGGGCACAAUAUCAGGAAACAUUUAAAGGAAAGAGGUCAAGCUUCGGGUGGAGGUGAACAGCAGCCAUCUGUAAAUGAAGGUGAAGGACCAAUGGCAGAGAGUGAAGCUACUACUGAAGUGCCGCAUGCGUCCCCAGCACACCAGACAUUGCCAUCUGAAACAGAAGCUGCUUGUAAUCUUGACAGCCAAACGAGUGCAGUUGAUGAUGGUGCUCCACCCAAAAGACAGCGCAAGAAGAAGAGUAGUACAGAAGCGUCUGAAAGAUACAAGGAACAUCUGAGGAAAAGACCUAGGCAGGGCUAGAUUUAUUUUGUGCCUAGAUAAUGUUUAUUUUGGACCUUAUAUUUUGUGCCCAGAUACUGUAACUGAAUCUGUCCUCAACAUGUGGGUUAUAUUUAUGUAGAUUAUAUUUCUUGUCUAUUUAUGUAAAGAUACAAGGAACAUCUGUGAAUUUCUUGUCUAUUUAUGUAAAUUAUAUUUCUGUCUAUUAAUUUGCCGUUUUGUGAUAUAUGAUGAUGUCAGUGAGUAGAUAGGAAUACUGCCAUUCAAGUGCAGAUUCUAAACAAAUAUUACUAAUCAAUCAUGGACCCUGAGAUUUGAUAAAUUGUUAUCCAUGGCCCUCAUAGUAUAUAACUUAUCCACCGUGGACCUGUAUAUUAUACGU